AGAAAUGUUCGAUGGCUGCCUCACGGAUUGCCUCUUCGAGAAGAUUGUGUUGUAAAUACAGAUAUAUAUUUUACAUAGCGUUUGUAAUACUGUGUAUUCAGUUUAUUUUAUAUAAUUUCAACAUCAAAGAUACGGAAAUUCCUUCAGGAGACAAGCCAAAAGAUGAUACCCUGGAGAAACCUGAAGACAGAGACAUCGUUGAGGAGCCUUUAGGGGAAGAGAAAGAGGAAGCUGUAAUUGUGGACCAUGAUAGAGAUGAUAGUCACCCUACUGAGGUCCUCACAAGUGAGGAAUCCCAUAACUUAUCUGGAGAAGAUCCUCGACACAAGAUGGGGUUUCUCCAGGAUUUCAUCCCUCCAUGUACGAUAGAAAGUGCACAAGCUCUGUCAGCCAUUAAGAGAGCCAAAACCAAGGAGUGUAAGCAGGAAAUAGCUGACACGGCCUGUGGGAUACAGGAGGGGGGCCUGUACCCAGGAUCUCUGCCCAACACCUGCCACCUGAAAGGUAACCAUUCUAAGGGGCAUUACUAUGGCUGCUAUGUGGACAAUCCAGACGAUCGAGACUUUUCUCAUCAGAAGACUUUCCCAACCGAGAACUGGUCUCAGCUGUGUAUAGACUAUUGUAUACAGACAGGCUUUCGGUAUGCAGGCCUGCAAUAUGGAAGGGAAUGUUGGUGUGGGAAUUCAUUUGGUAAACAUGGGACUGAAGGAGCUUCAUGUAACCAGGCAUGUCCUGCUAAAACAAGUGAAAUGUGUGGAGGAUAUCUCACCAGUAGUGUGUACAGUACAGGUAUACAAGAGAGGCUGAGUAAUGGACCAGGAGAUCUACAUUUUGAGGAGGAUAUCCAACCAAAGGUCAGGGUCAUGUUUGUAUUGACCUUGAGUGGUCGACAGGUCAGACAAGUUAGAAGGUUACUGAAGGCCAUCUACCAUCGAGACCAUUUUUAUCUUCUACAUGUUGAUAUGAGACAGGAAUACCUAUAUAGAGAGUUACUUCCUUUGGAGGAUGUGUUACCCAAUGUCCAUCUUGUCCGUAAGCGUUUUGCCACAAUCUGGGGCGGUGCCAAUCUUCUAGAUGCCCAUUUACACAUCAUGAAGGAGGCACUCAAUUCUUAUAAAAAGUGGGAUUACUAUGUUAACCUGAGUGAAAGUGACUACCCAAUUAAAAGAUUGGAUGCCCUGAUUUCCUACCUGACUAAGUACAAAGGCUAUGUGUUCAUUAAGUCUCAUGGCAGAAACACUGCACUGUUUUUGAGGAAACAGGGCUUGGAUCAGACUUUCCUGCAGUGUGACCACCACCUGUGGCGUCUGGGACCACGGACCCUCCCCACGGGGAUUCAGAUGGACGGGGGGAGUGACUGGGUGGGGCUGCCUCGUCAGUUCUGUGAGUUUGUCACAACCUCGGAAGAUAAACUCCUUACUGGACUGAAGAAGCUGUACAAGUACACAUUACUGCCUGUAGAGUCUUUUUUCCACACACUGCUCCAUAACAGCCACUACUGUGAUAAGUGGAUGGAGAACAACCUUCACGUCACAAACUGGGACAGGAAGCGAGGCUGUAAGUGUCAGCACAAGAACGUCGUCGACUGGUGCGGGUGUUCUCCCAACGAUUUCCUCUCCAAAGACCUGGAUAGGAUUCUGAGUAUUGAAUCAAAGCCAGUAUUUUUUGGCAGAAAAUUUGAGCCUAGUGUAAACCAAGAUAUUAUCAACAGUAUGGAUGUUAACUUGUUUGGAAGUGAGAUGAGAGAUGUAACAGCCCUGACCGACUACUGGCAGAAUGAAUACCAUUAUCUAGACUCUGGUGCGAGGGUAGAUGACACGUACCUGAGUUUUUACCUGUCCUUUAUGAGAUUGACUGCCGCUCGUCUGGUGGCGGACACAGCCACCCAGUGUCAGGUGGUGCCAGAGAAACUACUUCAGGUCCACAUAUUCCAGAGAAGUGAUAGGAACCAGGGACUUCUGGUGAUGUUUGAGGCCAUCACAAGGGGUGGAGCCAAGGUGGUUCUUGAGAGUCAUGUGAUGAUGAGGCAGUAUUACAGUGUGAUAGACCCCCCAGGGCCUGCUGGCAGGCUCAUUAAUAUAGAGGUUGGCACAGAUUAUGACUUAAAGGAGUCCAUAUUUAGGAACUAUGGCUUAUUCUUAGGACCCUACAGUGACCUAGUUCUGAAACAUACCUGGGGACCAGGUGAACCAUUAAUGGUAUCUAUUGCAUGGAUUGACCCUGCCAAGGUCAUAGCUGCUUCCUAUGAUGUCAACAUCACAAGCGAAGGUCAAAUCAAACCAUUCAAACCUUUGCUUAAACAGCCUCUACGACCAGGAGUGUGGACCAGUAAACUCAUGUACAGGUGGCAAGUGUUUGCGGAGGUGAAAUUCCUUGUUCUUCCUUUAACUGUGUUUAGGGGUAAGACUCUGGACCCUAGCAAAGCAAUUCUACAUCACAAUGGACCUAUUGGUUAUUAUGCAAAACAAGAUUUUUCAGAGUUUGAGGAAGUUUUGAAAGUGACUAACAUUGGAGAAGCUCGAGCAGCUGCUGAUGAGAAUGGACAGAAACACGGACGUGUGUUAGAGGAAUGGACAGAUGAACUGUGUCAGAAGUUCUGGAGCAUACAGGAAGUGUGUCAGAUAGGGGAGAUCACUGAGGAGUGUUCCCCCAUUAAAAAGUGUGAAGAAACAUCAUGGAGUUCUAUGUCACCAGAUCCUAAGUCAACCAUUACUGGGGUAAAUCUUGAGACAGGUCUUAUACGAUAGUGAGUUCACCAUUACAGGGGUGAAUCUCGAUAGCUAUUAGUCAACUUAAAAACUGGUCUUACUGAGGAUACUUCAGAACCUUAAUCAACAAUUGCAUCAACAUAUUUUGUCUCAACAUUGGCAACAUUUACAUAUGCCACUAUAAUGCCAGAUAUCAAAAUUCAAUUUCUUUUAUUAUUUUUUUUUUUUUUUUUUGCAAUUUACUAAAAUUAUGUUCUUCCAUUUUCUUUGACUAGAUUACUUAAUUUGUAUACACAAUGUAAGAGAAAAUUAAUGGCCUAAUUUUUAGUUUUCAUGUACGCAUGUUCAUGUAUUUCGCCAGUGUCCUUAACUUUUUUUAGUAUUUUUUUACAGACAGAUGUUAAUGAAGUGGGAUAGGUUUACCUGUUUUUAUGCUGAGUGUUCCAAGCCUGUGAUAAGUUUUGAUAAAAUCCAGUUCAUUUGUUGUAAGUGUUUGUAAACUUAUUGUCUUCCAUUUUAAAUGGGUCUCUAUGUUGAUGAUUAAUCAGGUGCCUGUUCUUUUUUCAAUACAUAGAUUUUUUGAUACAUUUUGUUUUAAAAGUUGAUAUUGAAAGUACAUGUAUUGAAGGGACAUGUUGACAUUGCACUGCCUUUACUUCCAUUUUAUACAUAUAUGUUAAAUUUGUUUUGUUUAAAUCUAUUGUUUUAAAGAAAUUGCUCUCCAAUGUUCACUUAUACUGACCAAAGUCCAGGCAUUAAGAUUCUGAACACAUGGAAAUU